AAAGUUUAAUCCUAUAUUUUUAAUUAUUUUUCUAUCAAUUAUCUAUUUUUCUUAAAAUUAUAAGUUCAUAAUGGCUGAAGGUAAAGCUGACAUUGCCCUUAUCGGCUUAGCUGUUAUGGGUCAAAACCUUAUAUUAAACAUGGAUUCCAAAGGAUUUGUUGUGUGUGCUUACAAUAGGACAGUAGAGAAAGUUGAACAAUUUCUGGCAAAUGAGGCAGCGGGAACAAAAAUUAUUGGAGCUAAGUCCUUAGAAGAUAUGGUUGCAAAACUUAAAAGACCAAGAAAAGUGAUGUUGUUAGUUAAAGCUGGCUUUGCUGUUGAUGAAUUUGUGAAGAAAUUGGUGCCAUUACUUGAAAAAGGAGAUAUCAUCAUUGAUGGAGGAAAUUCACAAUAUACUGAUACUCAGCGAUGGUGCAAGGAAUUGGAAUCUACAGGAAUCUAUUAUAUUGGCAUGGGUGUAAGUGGUGGAGAAGAUGGUGCUCGUUAUGGACCAUCUUUGAUGCCUGGAGGUCACCCAGAGGCCUGGCCACAUGUUAAACCAAUCUUCCAAGCAAUCUGUGCCAAAGUAAACAAUGAGCCAUGCUGUGACUGGGUUGGCAAAAAUGGUGCCGGGCAUUUUGUAAAAAUGGUUCAUAAUGGUAUUGAAUAUGGUGACAUGCAGCUUAUUUGCGAGGCAUACAAUGUCAUGAAAGAUAUUUUAGGUAUUGACCAGAAGGAGAUGGCUGAAGUGUUUGAAGAAUGGAACAAAGGAGAGCUUGACUCAUUCUUAAUAGAAAUCACAAGUGACAUUCUGAAAUUCAAAGACAAUGAUGGUGCAUACUUGUUGCCGAAGAUUCGUGAUACUGCUGGUCAAAAGGGAACAGGAAAAUGGACUGGUAUUAGCGCUUUAGAGUAUGGUGUUCCCGUCACACUAAUUGGGGAAGCGGUCUUUGCUAGAUGCCUCUCUGCAUUGAAAGAUGAACGAGUAAAAGCCAGCAAAGUACUGCCUGGUCCGUCGGGAAAAUUCACUGGCGAUAAGAAGGUAUUCCUCGAACAACUACGUAAGGCACUAUUCGCAAGCAAAAUUAUUUCCUACGCCCAAGGUUUCAUGCUGCUUCGGGAAGCUGAAAAGGCUAAUUCAUGGAGUCUCAAUUACGGAAGCAUUGCAUUGAUGUGGCGUGGAGGCUGCAUCAUUAGGAGUGUGUUCCUUGGGAAUAUCAAGGAUGCGUUCACAAAGAACCCACAGCUCACGAAUCUGCUCCUUGAUCCAUUCUUUAGCGAGCGUAUCAGCAAUAGCCAGCAAUCAUUGCGUGAAGUUGUAGCGCAAGCAUCGCUUAUGGGCGUUCCAACGCCAGCCUUCUCUGCGGCACUCGCGUUCUAUGACGGAUACCGCUCAGACGUCCUACCAGCUAAUUUGUUACAGGCUCAAAGGGAUUACUUUGGAGCUCACACCUAUGAACUUCUGAAGAAGCCGGGAGAAUUCGUUCACACCAAUUGGACCGGGCAUGGUGGAAACGUAUCUGCCUCCACAUAUAAUAAUUAAUUUUAUUUUUAUAUUUUUCAUUGCUGAAUUCCAUUAUUUUCUAUGAUUUUCUACUGUUUUAUAUAUUUUGGAAACAAUUAUAGCCCAAACGCAAACUUUUUGUGACUACUAUAUGUAAAUGGGUCUAUAAUAAGCAUUUCUUUUUUUUUUUAAUUUUUAUUCUUGAAUGAUAAUGGUUUUUAACUGUAUAUUUGAAAUAUUUUAAAUUAUACAUUCCUUAGUUGUAACUUAGGAUAAUAAGUAAAGGUGCUGUGUUUAUAUAAAGCUUCUGACAAAUGUAAAACGAAUAUCUUAACUUGCAUAAUACAGAUUUGAUUGGUUGUUAAACAGAAAAUAUAUGUGUAUAUGUAAUGUUUUAAUAAUAACGUUUUUAGCAAUUGUGUGAUGGGUCCAAAAUAUCUUAUGUAUAAUUAAUAUCUAUAUUGAUAUAAAUUCUGUUUUUUUUUAUAAUAUUGAAAAUAUAUUUUAUGUGAAUAUAUGGGAUUUUUUACAAA